AUGAUUCAAAACCGACGACUGACUGGGCAUAUAUUAUUUCAUCGACGGGCGCAGAGAGGACGCGUACACCCGGGAGAUAUCGCCGAAGCCGCGUCGCUGGCGAGCAUCGAUUUACCACCGGCCAAGUAUCCUUUAUUUGACGCCAUCGGCGACGAUUUCGUGGAGACUGGAAAACUGAGCAAGCUCCAACUGGAGGGUGUCAUGUUCGCGUGUCAAAAGCACUGCGAAUUCGCGCCGGAUGGCAAGCGUUCGGGUUUCAUGAUUGGCGACGGUGCGGGGGUGGGCAAGGGACGACAAAUUAGUGGAAUUAUUAUCGAUAAUUUCGUGCGAGGCCGUCGGAAAGCGGUUUGGAUAUCGAGCUCGGGCGAUUUACACCGAGACGCCGAGCGCGACUUGAGCGAUUUGGGAAGCACUAUUAAGGUUAUUAAUUCGUGCCCAGAGCUCGAUCGCGAAACUCGCGCGUUCGGGUUAUCGAAAGAGUAUCAAGAGGGCGUGUUGUUUACCACCUACAGCACGUUAGUGAGCAAGACGCAGAAGAAGAGUCGUCUCGAUCAAAUCGUAAAUUGGUUCGGCGGCGAAGACGCCGAGGGCGUCGUGAUUUUUGACGAGUGCCACAAGGCAAAGAACUUUAGCGCGUCUUCUGAUUCGGGUAGUAAAGUUGCGGCGGCUGUGAUUGCGUUUCAGGAACGCUGUCCUCGCGCGCGCGUUGUGUACGCGAGCGCCACAGGUAUCUCUGAAGUUGGGCACAUGACCUACUUGGCCAGACUCGGUUUCUGGGGCAAAGGGACGCCAUUUAAAUCCGCGGAUACGUUCAUUGAGAGCAUGAAGUCUCGCGGUGUAGGAUUUUUAGAAAUGCUCGCCAUGGAAAUGAAGGCAAGUGGGAAGUAUGUUAGUCGAGGUUUAUCUUUUAGGCAGGCAGAGUUUGAGCAGUACACGAUCGCGCUCAGCAAAGAGCAGCGUCAAAUGUACGAUGACGCGUGCGACUUGAUGUCGCUCAUCCGUAAUGCGUGUAUCGAAGCUGUGCGUCGAACUGGUUCCGAUGGAAAAGGCGUUUGGAGUGCGUAUUGGAGCGUCCAUCAAAGAUUCUUCAAGCUCUUGUGCAUCAGCAUGAAAGUUCCGGCGGUCAUCGCCAAGGCGAACGAGGCGCUCGCGCGAGAGCAAUGCGUCGUCAUCGGGUUGCAAACGACAGGUGAGUCUCAAGAUGCGUCAGCCAACUUGACUUUUGGUGAAGACGUCACGGAGUUCGGGUUCCUGAGUACGACGCGCGAAAUGCUCGUCAAUUUCUUGAACGUGCACUUUCCGACUGAAAUCCACGGCGCUUCAGACGGAGCGGCGGCGGAAAAGUCGGCGCCUUCCGAUUGGUCGAGCGAUUGGAGGCGUGCAGGCGGCGCGGAGGUAGAGAGCGAAGGCUACACUGGUCGUUUUCACACGAAUGCCCCAGCCAAGGUCGACGAAGAGCUCGUGGACGCUAAGGAAGAGUUGAUCAAUAAAGUCAUCAAGUUGAGGUUACCGCCGAACUUUCUCGAUGCUCUGAUUGAUGGGCUCGGAGGGCCGACAGAAGUUGCCGAACUCACGGGAAGAAGCGGUCGCAUCGUGCGUCGAGGCGAUAGGCUCAUGUACGAAUCGCGUGGCACGACGGCGUCUAGAAAAGGAACGAGCAUCAGCGGCGACGGUGAUGUGCUCGGAGUGAACAUCGCCGAGAAGAACGCGUUUAUGAAUGGUGACAAACGUGUGGCCAUAAUUUCGGACGCGGCUAGUACCGGGAUUUCAUUGCACGCGUCGAAAGGCGCGAAAAAUGUCCGCCGCCGCGUGCACGUCACGAUAGAACUUCCAUGGAGUGCGGACAAGGCGAUUCAGCAGCUCGGUCGCACGCAUCGAUCCAAUCAGAUUACGGGUCCAGUGUACGUGAUGUGCUCGACGAAUAUCGGAGGCGAAAGACGCUUCGUCGCCGCCGUCGCACGACGCUUGCAAAGUCUCGGGGCGUUGACGAGAGGUGAUCGACGUGCGGCGACUGGCAUUGAUUUAUCCGAUGGCAAUCUCGACUCGUCACUCGGGCGACACGCGUUGAAGAAGCUCUACGAGGCGCUCCUCGGAGUGCAGGUUGGACUGCGAAAUGACGGCUUUUCGGUCGAAGAAGCGACGCUGCUGCAGGAAAUUGGAUACGGCAACAAAGAUCUCGGCGACGUGCGCAAGUUUCUCAAUCGCCUACUUGGACUUCCGGUGCGAACGCAAAAUAUCAUGUUUGCAUACUUUGCUGAAACCUUGGAUUGCGAAAUCAAAUUAGCAAAGGCUGAGGGGAAGUACACGGAGGGCGUGAGCGAUCUCGGUGGUUCUUCCAUUCGCAUCGAACCAGAGUCGAAGACGAUUCUUAAGGAUCCGUACCACGGACAAAAACUCGUGUCGACCAAGGUUUUCAUAGAUCGCGGUAUUUCGUUUGAGCGUGCGCUGGAUAUUUUGGAAAAGAGCAAGAAUCACGAUCGAGACGGCUUCUACAAGAUGAAGCGCGAGAUGUAUGGGCGCGCGCAAGUCGUUCUGGCCAUCACCAAGCCAGGUUCGCGAAACUUGUUCAUGCUGUGGCGUCCGAACACCGGCGCAAGUCUUUUCGAGAUGGAGUACGACGAAUUGCGCGGCAAAUACAUGAUGUGCACGCCCGACGUGGCGAAACAACCGUGGGAUCUUGUGCACGAAUUGACCGAGAAGCAUUGCAUGCACGGCGUGAAUUGUCACGUUCGACAAACCAUGGGCGCUUGUACCGCGGGCAAACGCACGGUUGACUGCACCGUGAUCAGCGGCGCCGUCGUGCCUUGCUGGGGAGAGCUCGAACGAACUUUGGAUAGAAACGCGCACAAG